AUGGGGCGGUGGUGGUCGCCGGCGUCGGCGGCUGUGGAGCCGCGGUCCGUGCAGCUUCUGCUCCUGGGCGUCGCCCUCGUCGCCGCUUCCUUCUACGCCGGCACCCUCUUCGGCUCCUCCGCGUCCCCUGCGCUCGUACUGCCCCCUUCGCGCCCCCGAUCGCCCGAUUCCUUCAGUGCCAAAGUUGCAGAUGUUCCAAUGUUUACAAACAGAGUUUCUCGCAAGUACCGGGCGAAACCAGUCGCAGUUCCAGAUCAUGGAGUUGAUGUGUGUCCUUUGGAAUACAAUGAGUAUGUCCCCUGCCAUGAUGCAGCCUAUAUAAGAAGCUUGAAGAACCUGGAUAGAUCUAGGCAUGAGGAUCUUGAAAGUAUUUGUCCUCCACGAGAGAAACGAUUGUUCUGUUUGGUGCCCCCUCCAAAUGACUACAAGAUACCAAUAAGAUGGCCAACAAGCCGAGACUACGUAUGGCGUAGUAAUGUCAACCAUUCACAUCUUGCUGAGGUCAAAGGAGGACAGAACUGGGUGCAUGAGAAGGGCAAGCUUUGGUGGUUUCCUGGAGGUGGCACUCACUUCAAACAUGGUGCAUCAGAGUACAUAGAGAGGCUAGGAAAUAUGACAACAAAUAGUACUGGUGAUCUCCGUUCUGCCGGAGUAGUUCAAGUUUUGGAUGUUGGAUGUGGUGUUGCUAGCUUUUCUGCUUAUCUUCUUCCCCUAGACAUUCAAACCAUGUCAUUUGCUCCAAAAGAUGGCCAUGAGAAUCAAAUCCAGUUUGCUUUAGAACGUGGGAUUGGUGCAAUGAUCUCUGUGUUGGCCACAAAACAAUUACCUUAUCCUGAAAGUUCAUUUGAAAUGGUUCACUGUUCAAGGUGUCGUGUUGAUUGGCAUGAAAAUGAUGGAAUAUUGCUCAAAGAGGUAGACCGUCUUUUGCGACCUAAUGGAUAUUUUGUAUACUCUGCUCCACCGGCUUAUAGAAAAGAUAAAGACUUUCCUGUUAUCUGGGAGAAGCUAGUUAAUAUUACAACAACAAUGUGUUGGAAGCUUAUUGCUAAGCAUGUUCAAACAGCUAUUUGGGUUAAACCUGAAGAUGAAUCCUGCCGGCAGAAAAAGGCUGAUAUGAAGCUACUGAAUAUUUGUGAAUCCAAUGACAACGUUUCACCAUCAUGGAAAAUUCCGUUAAUGAAUUGUGUGAAGCUCAACAAGGACAAAUCCAAUAUUCAGAAAUUGCCUUCCAGAUCUGAUCGCCUAUCAUUUUAUUUCAAGAGUUUGGAGAUGAUAGGAGUCGCACCAGAGAGGUUUGAGAAGAAUAACCAGUUCUGGAAGAACCAGGUUCACAAGUAUUGGUCAUUUCUUGGUGUUGAAAAGACUAGCAUUCGAAACGUCAUGGACAUGAAUGCUAAUUAUGGCGGAUUUGCUGCAGCACUAAGCAGUGACCCUGUCUGGAUUAUGAAUAUAGUACCCCAUACCAUGCCGAACACAUUGCCAGUUAUCUACGACCGUGGGUUUCUCGGUUCUUACCAUGACUGGUGUGAGCCAUUCUCAACAUAUCCUAGAUCCUAUGACUUGUUGCAUGCUUUCCACCUCUUUUCUCAUUAUAAAGGUCGCAAGGAAGAUUGUUUGUUGGAGGAUAUCAUGUUAGAAAUGGAUCGCAUCAUUCGACCCCAGGGUUUUGUCAUUAUUAGAGAUGAGAAUCACACUCUCUCAAGAAUCAUCGAUCUAGCACCGAAGUUCCUUUGGGAUGUUACUGUGCACAUGUUGGAAAAUGAGGAAAGCAGGACAGAUCAAGUUCUGUUUUGCAGGAAGAAAUUCUGGGCUAUUGUUUGA